AGUUGAGUUCAUACAUUGUAUAUCUCCAUUUGCUUCCUUUUCAACCUUUGCCUGUGCUUCCCGUCAUUUACAGUUGUGAAAUUCAGGUUAUGGUCUCUGCUGGUUACAGGAAACCUGAGAGCCGCAGCUCCUUCCCAGCUCUCGGUUUCCCCCGCCCCCGAUUCUUCCGCUACCGCCGUUUGAGGUAAUCUGUCCUCCCAGAGCCCGCGAAGGAUUAGCAUAGACAAAUUUAUCUUUUGAUUGAAGAUAUAUAUUUUGCGAUAUCAUAUUUAGCGAUAUACUAUGCCGACAACACCAAAGAGUAACCGGAGAGGACAGGAACCGGAGAAGAACCGGAAAAAUAGGUUAACAGAUAAGGCGUCGUCUUUUCACGGGAGAAUUCCGGUGGACGUGCCUGAGCCGAGGAUGCGGCGUCCAAAUACACUGCCUAACUUGCUCGGAGGUAGGAGCGUCGCCGGAAUGUUCACGGAAGCGCGGCCAAAGUUGACGAAGCUGCUAUUAAACGUGACGGUCCAAGGAAGCGCUGGAGCCGUACAAGUUGUGAUGUCGCCGGAAUCAACUGUCGGCGAUCUGAUCGCUGCAGCUAUCCGGCAGUACACGAAAGAAGCCCGCCGUCCAAUUAUUUCCGGUGAUGCCUCCAAGUUCGACCUCCAUUACUCACAAUUUAGCUUAGAAAGUUUGGACAGAGAAGAGAAGCUAAUGGAGUUAGGAUCGAGGAACUUUUUCCUUUGCGCUAGAAAGUCGAAGGUGAACAGCGGAAACGACAGCGAAAGCUCUUCUAGUGGCGGUGGUUUACCGACAACAUCCUCGCCGUCGGGGUCAUCAUCUUGCUCAAAGGAAGCUGAAAAGGCUUCUAAAAGUGGGUAUCCAUGGUUAAAAUUUAUGGAUUUCAUGUUGUGAAUGAUAGCAUAGCAGGUUGUUAUUCAUGGUUUCAUUUUUAUUUUUUUUUUAAGAAAAUUAAUUAUCCCUGUAUAAAAAAUUAGGGUCUGGAUUAGGUCAUUGGAUCAGAUUCUGCAACUUGUAUCAGAAUUUGCAGUGUUUUGCAAUUUAGUUCAUUUAAAUUUCCGAGAAUUGAUUUCUAGAUGUAUGUGUGUCCCUCCUUGUCUUUUACCCCUCAAAAAUUAAUCUAAGUUGAUGCAAUUUGUACA